AUGGACGCGAAGGGACUCCACCGUUUUUCCCACUUUUCCUGUCGGACCCAGCAGGUCGUCACCUCGUCCACCUGGGAGGGCCUGCUCAUCGAACAGUCUACCUUGUCUGCCGACACCAAAGGUUUGGAGCCGGACACAUGGUGGGUUGACAUCUGCGAUGCCACCGAGGAAGAGGUCAGCACUGUCUGCCAGGCAUUGUCCAUCCACCCUCUGACGGCAGAGGACAUUGCGACCAGGGAACCUCGCGAGAAGAUUGAAGCAUUUCGGAACUACUACUUAAUCUCCUUCCAAACCUUGCUUCCAACCGACGACCUCAAGAAUUCUCGAAGCCUCAAGCCAUCAUCGUCUAUCCCCGGCUCCUCAGGGUUCUACAUUCUGGUGUUCAAGAAUGCCACAGUGACCUUUUCACCCAGUGGUUGUCACCACAUCGCCCGAGUCCGGGACCGAAUCCGUCGGACACAGGACACGCAUCUCGUAUCCAGUGAUUGGAUCUGCUACGCUCUUAUUGACGAGAUCAUCGAUGAUUUCGAACCGUACAUGCGCGCAGCAGAACGUGAAGCCGAUGCGAUCGAAGAUCAAGUGUUCAUCGCCCGCGUCGACGACGUCAAAGCGCUCAUUCCUCAACUCGAUAGCCUCCGCAAGAGCAUCACUCAGCUCAUCCGCUGCCUGACCGGUAAAUACGACGUCUUGAAUGGCUUCGUCAAGCGUUGUCAGGCGAAGGACAGAAAUCCAAUGUUCCCCGAUGGCGAUCUUUUAGUGUACCUGGGCGAUGUGCAAGACCAUCUGGUGACCACGUUGACCAGUCUGUCCCAUUUCGAUGAAAUUGUGGGACGGUCGCAAUCGAAUUUCUUGGCGCAGCUCAGCGUCAACAAUAUCCGAUUGAGUUACGAUGUCAAUGCAGUCUUGAGUAAGGUGACCAUCCUGGCGACAAUCUUUGUGCCCUUGCAUAUGGUCACUGGGUUGUUUGGUAUGAACGUCGAGGUGCCUGGACAGAAUGUAGAAAAUCUUGGAUGGUUCUUUGGUAUCAUAGGGUGCAUGUGUGCAUUUGUCGUGGUUUGCUGCUUGCUUGCGAAGAGGUUGCGGUUGCUCUAG